GGGUAAAGCACUCUCAGCAGAGCCCUGUCGGCGCAGGAUCUCUGGAGCCCGCCGAGGCAGCCAAGCCAGGGUGCAGGAGAUGGAAUUCUCCGGGGUCACUGCCUCCUGCCCGCGUGCUCCUCCAGUCCCCGGUCCUUGGCAGCCUCCCCAGGAGCUGGGGCUGGCUCGCGGCGCGCGCUUCAAGCGGGCGGAUCCGACACGUGGGGGUGGAAAACGCCCCCGCGCGGGAUCCAGAAGCCAAGGGCGUCUGGUCGGGCAAGGCUAGGAAGCCUGCCUGGGGGAGAGGCCCCUAACUUCCUUCGCUCCGUCACUCCAACCUCCCUUUCUGGUCUCCUCCUCCAGCAAGUCGGCCCGCCGGACGCCGCGCAGCGUCGGGGGCGGGCGGGAGGUCGGAACCCGUGAACCGCGGUCUGCGCAAUCCCUCUGUCCGUGCGCCCGCCCGGGACCUGCUCCAGCCUCUAAGCGCCGGCAGCCGGGCCGGUGACCCGAGAGGCCCGAGGCUCCGUGCGACGCCGAGCCUGGGACACAGCACUGCGGCUCUAUCUGGGGAGGCACUUCCAGCACUAGCGGACUGAGAGCCCGCGUCCUAGACGUCAGCGGCUUGAGAAGCGACGGUCAAGGAGACAGAGACCGCGGGGCUCCGCUCACCCGUCAGCCCCCGAGGCCCCUUGCUUUGGGGGAAGGUCAAGCCCACCCGAGUUUGCCCUUAAGAUGCGCCACGCCCCCUCCCCAAUCUGAGCCGGGCAGGACACCAGGGGGAAGCAGCGGCUGCAUCCUCGUGCCAAGCAGAAGCGGACUCUGUGCCGGGUCACUCAGCUCUUCAGCUUUUAGGAGAACUCCUAGGGGGGCGGGGACGGCGGCGAAAAUGCGGAUUUGAAACUGGAGUCGAGGCGGACGUGGGGGGCUGGCGCCGCAGGAGCGGUCGACGCGGCGGCCCAGGGAGCCGCGUGGCCUGGAGGAGCGUCCGGCGGUCAUGGGCGAGCUGGCUGUCGCGCGGCCAGGGGCGGACUGAGCGCCGGGCCGAGACCCCACCUCCCGGGGCGCCCGGGCGACAGUCAGCCGGCGGACACGGCCGCCCGGCUUGGGGCUGCCCCCGGGGGUUUGGCCAUGGCCGGCCGGGGUUGCGGCUGCAGCUGCGGCCCGGGCCACCUGAACGAGGACAACGCGCGCUUCCUGCUGCUCGCCGCGCUCAUCGUGCUCUACCUGCUGGGCGGCGCCGCCGUCUUCUCGGCGCUGGAGCUGGCGCACGAACGCCAGGCCAAGCAGCGCUGGGAGGAGCGCCUGGCCAACUUCAGCCGCCGCCACAACCUGAGCCGCGACGAGCUGCGCGGCUUCCUUCGCCACUACGAGGAGGCCACCGAGGCCGGCAUCCGCGUGGACAAUGUUCGCCAGCGCUGGGACUUCACCGGCGCCUUCUACUUUGUGGGCACCGUCGUGUCCACCAUAGGGUUUGGGAUGACGACUCCAGCAACAGUAGAAGGAAAAAUCUUUCUGAUCUUUUAUGGUCUCCUCGGGUGCUCCAGCACCAUCUUGUUCUUCAACCUCUUCCUGGAGCGCCUGAUCACCAUCAUCGCCUGCAUCAUGAAAUUGUGCCACCAGCAGCAGCUCCAGAGGCGGGGGGCCUUGCCCCAGCAGAGUCUGAAGAACCCGGGGAAGGGUGAGGUGGACAGCUCGGCUGGCUGGAAGCCCUCCGUGUACUAUGUCAUGCUGAUCCUGUGCAUGGCCUCCCUCCUCAUCUCCUGCUGUGCGUCCGCCAUGUACACCUCCGUGGAAGGAUGGAGCUACUUCGACGCACUCUACUUCUGCUUUGUGGCUUUCAGCACCAUUGGCUUUGGGGACCUCGUCAGCAGCCAGAACGCCCGGUAUGCUAGCCAGGGCCUCUACCGCUUCGCCAACUUCGUCUUCAUCCUCAUGGGCGUCUGCUGCAUCUAUUCCUUGUUCAAUGUCAUCUCCAUCCUCAUUAAACAGUCCGUGAACUGGAUCCUAAGGAAGAUGGAUGGCGGGUGCUGCCAACAAUGCCAGAGAAGACUCUUGCAGUCCCGGAGGAACGUGGUGAUGCCAGGCACUGUCCAGAACCGGUGCAACAUCUCCAUAGAAACGGAUGGAGUCAUAGAGAGUGACACGGAUGGGCGGCGUCUCUCCGGUGAGAUGAUCUCCAUGAAGGACUUCUUGGCGGCCAACAAGGUCUCACUAGCCAUCCUCCAGAAGCAGCUGUCCGAAAUGGCCAAUGGCUGCCCCCACCAGACCAGCACUCUGUCGCUGGACGAUGACUUCUCAGGGGGGAUAGGAGCCUUUGCAAUAAUGAACAACAGGCUGGCAGAGACCGCUGGGGACACGUAGGGGCAAGGAGAGAAUGGACAGCGAGGGUACUGCCACCCAACUCAGCUCUGUGCCCUGGCUGGGUUCAUUCUGUUCCUUCUAGUCUGGAGCCCAGCUUGAGAAAUCUCAUCUUCUUGUCUCCAGCCACUUCCCAGGGCUGCGGGAACCUGCAACCUCGAUGCCUUUCUCCUUAUCUUUAUUCUUUAAGUCUGAAUUCAGUCUUUUAAAAAUGAACCACAAAAGCAGUCUAAGACAUCGUAUUGUCUUCUUUACCCACCUUGCUCCAGGGCUUUAACUGCCUAAGAGAGGGAGGGCUUCCUUAAGCCUUGAUCUCCUGCUGCUCUAUUCUUCAUUUGGAAAUAAAAAUCCUGAAGAUCCUGACUUUCCCCGGGAACUCUGAACAGCUGAAUUCACUGCCUCUCUUAGUCCCGUCAACAAAGGGAGGGUGGGAACUGUUUGAGAAUGUGACUGGGCUUUCUUUUUGCUGGGCUUCCUUCUGGGCAGAUUCAUCCAUGGGGCCAUGGCUAGGGAAAGCAUCUGUUCCUCUUUAUACCUGCUUCUCAAUUUUUGUUUUUCUUUUCUUUUGUUUUUAAGCUCUUAACGCUUGACUAAGGUGUCUGUGGGACUUCAGUGUGGUAAGAAAAGAAAAUUCAGCUUCAGGCCUUUAAACUGAGGCAUGGUGGUGGGAAGACUCGCUCUUGUCACUAAAGAAUAGAGCUUAACGUGUUAAGCUCUAUUCUUAACACGUUAAGCUCUGUUCUUAACACGUUAAGCUCUGUUGAAUGGACCCUUUGAAUGGUCCCAGAGCCCACUUCAUUUUUACCAGGGUUUGGGGCCCAUUGCAAAGAUAAUGGCUGACUAUUUAUUAAAAUCGAAAGUUUAAUAAAUCCUCA